AUGAAGACAAGAAGACAAGCAGCAAUUGAAGCUGGUACAUUAACAGUUGAUCAACUGAAUAAUAAUAAUAGAGAUGAUGUUGAUGAUGAUGAUGAUGAUAUUGAAGAUGAGGAUAUAGACGAUGAUUAUGUUGAAGACGAUGAUGAUGAUAAAGACUUUGAACCAGAUGAUGUAAAGACAAAGACAAAGUCAAAGGCAAAGACAAAGGCAAAGUCAAACAAGACAAAUACCAAGACAACGACAACUUCAACAACAUCACCAAAGACUAAUAAAGUAGCAAAGACCAAGACACCAACUAAACAAUCAACAACUAUACAAUCACCAACGUCAAAGGCAGUAAAGGCUGCUGUCAACAUCAACAACAACAACAAUGGCAGUAGUCCCAGUGGCAAACUGAGGAGGAGCAGUUCAAAGGCUGGCAAGUCAACGGGUGCAGGCAGCAGCGAGAGUGUACAAUACGAAGCACUAAGCGAAGAUCAACAAGCAGAGAUAAAGGAGGCAUUCAAUCUAUUCAAGAAUGAUAAUGGUCAACUAGAUAUCAAUCAGAUCAAAUAUGCCUUUAGAGCAUUGGGCGUUGAAGCAGAGAAGCAUGACCUCGAUGCACUACGCAACAGUUCAAAUGGAGGCAACAAAGAUCAACUAGUCGUUCGACAAUGUAUACCAUUCGCAAGCUUUAAAGAUGUUGCUGCUAAGCUCCUUCCAAGGAGAGACUCUCAUUCAUCGAUUGAACAGGCAUUCAAACUGUUUGACAAGGAUGCUUCGGGCAAGAUUAGCUUUGAGGACUUGAAGUUGGUGGCCGUCAAUCUGGGCGAGGAAUGCUCAGAGGAGGACCUGCGAGAGAUGAUAGAGUUUGCUGAUGUAGAUGGUGAUGGCGAGGUGAACAAGGCAGACUUUAUCAAUCUGAUGACGUCAACAAGGAAGGUAUUUUAG